AUGGACCUGAACCGGCCGCAUCUGGGGGUUGGCGACGCCCUCGAGCGAAGACACUCUGACCCUGCCGUGCCAAAAUCAAAUCAGAUGGCUCUAGGAAUGGAUUUCCCACAUCCGCACUACGCCAUGAUCUACCUUGACCACAAUGGGGAGCUCCAGGUGAAAGCGUCCGCGUCAAUUGCUGGCUGUGGCGGCGCGAUCUUCACGCCGGAGGUGGCGGACCACUUUGUGAAGCUGGCAGCUCCUGCCCCUGUGGCAAACAUGCAAUUUCAGCCUAGCCCCAGCCAGGUCACAGCUCUUCAGCCGUACGGCGUUCAACCAAGCACGGCAAUGGUCCAUGCUGGCCAGGCGGGACCCACCGAGUUAAUACCGUGUCAGUUUUUGGACCACAAUAAGAGGCGACGACGCGAUACGAAGAGAACGAUCACCGCCCAAUCGAGACCAAAGUCAACUUCCCCCUCGCCCACCCCGCGGCCGGGCCGAACGAUACUUCGCGUUGGCAAUCGCGAUCUUCUGCGGCGAUAUUAUGAGAAAGCGUUUGAAGACUUCCAGCAAUUGAAUUGUCGCGCUAUUGCGAAGUCAUACAUCAAGCUGGUCGAGCCGAGGAAGCAGGUCCAUUAUCCGUACAAUGGACGCAAAGUCAUCGCGGGUGUAUCGCAACGUGUGGAUCCUGAACAAACCAAACCCGGGUGGUGGCCGGUUGGUGUUUUGCACCGAGAGCCCGACCACCUUCUCAAACGCGAUCGUCUGCGACUACUUGUGCAUAUUCUCUGUGAGCUGAAGAACAGCCACGGUGUCACUGCAGACAAGCUGCGUGACGCCGGCCAGGAUGUACGCCGCCAGAUUACGCCCGCAAACCGACUCCAAGUCCUCGACGAAAUCUAUUUUGUACGGCAGAUGGAAGAACGAUACCUGGAUGGAAAAAUCGACGCAAAUGCUCUCCUUCAGGUGACCCAGACUCACCUUCCAGAGGCCAUUUGCCAAGAUGAUGAGCUCUCCUCCAGCAUCCACACCGCCCCAAUUACGGCUUUCGAUGAAGAUCUGGAUGGGCCAGAGGAGGGAGAUGAACACCAUCUACCUACCGACGAAAGUGCGCCGUCAAUCUACCCAGCCUCCCAGGGGAUGCCGAUGCCCUUGUCGCCUACCACCAGCGAUUCAAGUGGCCCACGCAGCCCGACCUUCGGCGCUUAUCCCAUCCACAUGUCCCCGAAUAUGCUGCCCCAGGAAUCUCCCUCCGCUGCCAAACACAUCCCCGCAGAGCCGAAUUAUCUGCCAGGCUACUACGGGCAGCAAUUUAUGCCCACUGAAAAGACGGCCCCGGCCUACUGGCCCGGGGUGCCGCAUAUGUCCCAUGUGACCCAAUUUGGAUACUGA